CUCAAAACUCCUCAGUCAUUGCGCCGCAAUGAUGUUGCGUGCUGGGCUGUGGUGUUGGCUCUGGUAUACCAUCGUCUAUGUACAAGGUUGUUCUGACUGUACCUGGAAAGUAGGAGAAUGGGAUGUGUGCACAGCGCCAUGUGGGGGAGGAUACCAGAAGAGGGACAUUGCCCUCUGCUGUCAGCCUGGGGAACCAAGGGAAGACUGUCAACGCAGGUGUGGCCCAGAGAGACGUCCAAUGGAGCAGCAAGGCUGUAACAGGAACUGUUACAACGGAGGAGAAUUCCGGACAGCGCAGUGUGAAUGCCAAAGUGGCUGGCAUGGCAAGUGUUGCCAGCUUGCUACAGACGCUGGUAGAUACAAGUGUGAAGAAACGCCCGCCGUAGCACUCAGGGAUUACAGUAAUCAGUACCAACGGCAACUAGAGCUGUUGCCAGGAGGAUUUAAAGGAUACAGAUUUUUUGCCCUGGUGGGACGUCAUGAUAACCCAAGCUGUUGUCUGCGUAUGUACAUUGAGGGAGAGAAAGGGACUGUAUCUCGGACGUGCCUUUAUCCUGACCGGCCAGCCUUGUGGGAGAAUGGGAAAACUGGGGAUGACAUUUCAACACACAUAGGAAGAAUCAAAUUAAUUUGGUUUGAGCAUGAUCCAGACAUAGGCUGUCCCUGGCGACCAGAAGGAGUGACAGUGACAAACACCCUCUCGUCACAAAGUCAAUAUUUCACCUGCACUCAGUCGGUUCAGGUAUUUGGACCGGCCAUCAGGAGGGUUCGAGCAGCUCUCAAUCGAGGACUCCGAGUAACAGUUUAUACAAGUGACAAAUUUCUUGCUGGCACAGACUCUGGUUUGUAUUUGCGGGUGUAUGGCCGGACUACCAGUAGCAAUGAAAAUAAACUCUCUGGGAGCUUUGAACGCGAUGAUGUCGAUACGACUUAUAUGAAUGUUGGAGAUAUAGGACGACUGUAUCAAAUCAGCAUUCGCUCAGAUAGCGGAGGCUCUUAUGCUGGCUGGCAUCUGAAUAAGGUUGAAAUAUAUGAAGAUUCCAGAACGCUUGUAUUCCAUUGUGGGUGUUGGAUUGGGGGGUCCCAUACAAACAAGAGAACUGUCUCGGUCCAAAAUGAAUGUUCAAGUAUUGGGUACUGUCGCAGUCAGUGGUGCACUACCUGUGCUAAAUGUCUACCCUCAGACUCAAGAUACUUUUAUAAGCUGAUCGCAACUAAAAAACAAUGUUACCGAUGCCAGCACAUUGCCAACUGUCAAGCAGAGGAGUGUCCUUGUAAUGACUGCCAAGUGUGCUCACGAUGUGAAGGAGUUGUGACAGAAGGGCCAGGGCAGAGAGCUUAUGUCAUUUCAAAGGACAGAAAAUACUGCACAAAGGCAUGUUCAUGGCGACAAGACAGCACGUGGUGUUACCCGGGAACGUGCGGGGAUGAACUGGCCAGUAAUUGCACCUGCGCUCCUGGAUUCAGUGGUCCGAACUGUCAGAAUAUUGACACACCACCCCUGAUACCAUGGAACAGGAUAGUUGUGCACGGCCAGGGAAAUGAAACAGCCGAGGCUCCAGUCGACCCUAACAACUCUGAGGGUCAGGAGGACUCAUGGACAAACCUGAAGAACAUUCACAACAUUAACUAUGAUUUUCACACCAACUUUAUCCCUUCUGGACUACUGCCAACCAGACAUAAGUUUAUAGAUGGCUACAGUGUUGGAAUUGUGCAAGGCAAACUUGCAUUAAACCUUUUCAAAGAUAUCACAGAGAUGACCAGUUUCUCAACGUCCAUCAACUGUGAGAACGUUUCUGAGCUAGCCCCCCAUAAAGGUCUCUUCAAAUGCAAUGGAGAUGUCAAAAUCAUUAAUGUCUUCAAGUCAUCAGAGCUAACAACAGGGGAUGUGCUGCAAUUUCAAUUUGAGGCCUCAAAUGGUGGGUUUGUGAAAGUAAAGGACAUGGAAAAAAACACUGUGCAGACACACUUCUACGCUGGCCAGACAAAGACAGCAACAGUGAGAAUAGGUAUCGACUACAUAAAUCCAUAUCACUGCAUUGCAACACGGGAAUGUUCUGCUGAUAUGUUCAUUGCUGCCAAGACAAGUAAGCAGCCAUCAUUUAGUGUUUACUGGAAUGGAUGGAGAGACGACACAUCUGGCAUACGACGGUUCGAAUUACAAGUAUUUGAAAUGGAGUUUAUUGUCAGUGAAGAUGGAAUUCGCAAGAAAACUAUAAAACAAAUGCAAAUGUUUAAUUCCUCUCAGAACACAGGCAGGAUACAUCUCAAAGAAAAGGGGAUAUUCUCAAUAGAAAUUACAGCUAUUGACAAAGCUGGAAACUUCAAAAGUGGCAGAAGAAUCAUCAUCUAUGAUGGAGAAUCCAAGGUAGAGACGACUCCCAACACUGUCUUACGUGUGACGUCAGCUGCUGAGAUAUCUUCAUGGGACUGGCAGUGGACAUCAGACUCAGUUAACAUCGACUGGAACAACCGCUACAUCAACACGCUACACUACCAAAACAGAUGGCUGGAAAGGGUAUUGCCAGUUUCUAAUGUUGACGAGGAGUAUGAUGACCAAGGGUACAGCAGAGGUGUGGAUAAAAUCCCCAGUUUACAAGGAAUUGUUGCCAUAAAAACUGCUUACAAAGUUGAUCACAAGGGAGGUACUUCAAUAGAAACAGUUCCAGAUGACCCAGACUUCAGCAGCCUCUACCUGAACCAGUCCCAUACAAUCUCACCCACUCUGGUUGACGGGGACACUUUCCGCUACUGGAUCCGAGCUUAUGACGUUCGGGGGGAGUAUCUGGAGGAGACGGUAACGGUCCACAUUGACACAUCGCCUCCUAUCAUUGAGAACCUGUGGCUGACCCGAGGCGACAGGCUGAAUGUCAGUGUACACAAGAUAGAUGAAUUUAAUCAAAUGGUUAUCGAAUGGGUGAGUUAUGAUGAUCACAGUGGUUUGGAGACAGUUACCUGGCGACUAUUUGAUAACUACACAGGGGAAGAUUUGGUCCAUGGUGUGGAGCGCAUUUCUGCGCAGGGUGAGGCACAGGACUUGGUGGAAUGUGAAACUAAAUACCAAACUGCAGCCAGAGGUCCUAAUUGUUACUGCACUCCUGGGGUUGGAUGCUACCACAGGCACUUCCAGGUCAAGCCCAAGAUUGUAUCAGCCAACCUGACACAUGGAGGGAUCUUUCAUGACAAGAACAAGGGGGUUCAUGACUCGGAUUACUAUCUUGAAGUCAUGGUGAUGAAUCGUGCAAAACUCAGAACAACCCUAGAUUUUAAGGUGACCAUUGACUCCAGUCCACCUCACCCUGGUUCUGUUCAAGAUGGGCAAAGGGGCCAUCCCGAAAUUGACUACCAAGACAGUAUGCAGCUCCAUGCCCACUGGGAGGGAUUCUUUGAUAGGGAAAGUGGCGUCACGUUUUACCAGUAUGGAUAUGCUGGUCAUUGUCUUGAGAUAAGGAAUUUUGGACUUGAUUUGCCAUCACCCAAUGUGACCGAAACAUCCUCCACUCACGUCUCCUGGACGGCCCCUUCUGAAGGCAGGUUCUAUAUCACAGUCGUAGCCUUCAACCGCGCCCUGGAGCCAUCUCUUCCUGUUUGCUCUGAUGGAGUUACUGUGGACCAGACAGAACCGUCACUGAGACAGAUUGCUGUCCUUAACUCCCACACUACUGAAGGUCUGGUGACGAAUGGUGAGGAAGUGUGGCUCGUCACUGCAGACAGGAGGAGGAGUCAGAUUGAAGAACCAGAUACUCAUUGCAGAAUGCGAUCAGCAGUAACAAGCAAUCAAAGCUUGUCUCUCCUACCCCUUCACAAACACCUCAAUGGUUCAACUGUGAUCCACCAAGCUUCCUCCUGCAGUCAUCAUCAACCCUUCCGACUCCGCUCUAUCAAUCAGUUUUAUAUGUCCCAGAAACAUCACCUCUUUGUCAACUGGACUAGCAGUGAUGUUGAGAGUGGUAUUUAUGACUAUGAGCUAGGACUGAUGUCUGAUCCAUCUCGUGAAGCAGCUCCAGAUAUUCUGCCUUACACAUCCACGCACCACCACCCUCAUUAUGAAGGCUUCCAUCCGCAUCUGAGUGAAGGGCAACAGUUCUAUAUAGCAGUAAAAGCUAUCAAUAAAGCUGCAUUAUCUGUCACUGAGGUCUUGGGGCCUAUAACAGUGUACACCCAGGCACCAGCGUUCACACCACCAAUCACUGUUGGCCUACAACAGAACCAUCUUGUCACCACCUGGACAUCAGGUUCUUUCCCAGAUGCCAAACAAGACUAUCUGACCUACACAUUUGCUGUUGGUUCGUCUCCUGGUGGAUCUAGGAUCCUCCCCUUCCUCCCUCUCCAGUCAGGAGGAGGAUGCUCUGUCUCCACGCCACCAUCAUGCACAGCUGUAGCCACCCGCGACCUCCACUGGGAUCUGCAUCAAGGCCACAUGUACUAUGUUUCAGUCAAAGUGACCAACAUUGUCGGACUGUGGACUGUUGGUGUAUCAGAACCGUACGUCCACGAUGUCAGACUACCUUCCCUGGGAGUGGUACUUGAUAUCUGUCCACAGGAGGAACAAGAACUUUUUGACAUCACGGACUUUGUGGACGCAGAUCUUCAGCUAUCUACCACCACACUUCAUACAAAAUGGUCUGGGUUUGACGAUGACCUGAUUGGGGUCAAGUAUAGUGUCUGUAUUGGUACAUUGCCUGGACUGCAAAACGUCAGAGUCUAUGAAGAUGUUGAAAAGUCCAUGUCACACAAGUUUAACAACUUGAUACUAAGUUUGCACACUGUGUACUAUGUGACAGUGCAGGCCAGGACAUCUGCUGGAGAAAUCAGUCAGUCAUCAGAUGGGGUCAUGGUCAUCAAACAUAAUGAGGAUGUAGGUGGACGUGUCACAGUUAGAGAUGGAGACGGAUGUCCUAAUGGGACUCACAAUUGGACCACAAGCAAGACUAACGUUCGAGAUGUACCUUGUGUUCCUGAUCUGAUCUACCAAGUGUCCACGUCCGUGUAUACCGCCAACUGGGAAGCGACUGGUGUCAACAUUCCCUACACUGAUGUCCAGAUACGUCUUGAAACAAAGUUCCAUGGGUCAGAUGAUCUGUGGCACACCGUGGAUGGGUUCACAAGCCUGGGAGUCACGGACUAUGCAGUGUUAAGUGGACUUUCCCUGGCCCCAGGACACACCUACAGGGCUGCUGUCAUGUUCUGUGCUGUGAGAGUCUGCACCAGGCCCGUGCAUAGUGACGGCGUGACAGUAAUACCCCAUCCUCCUGUAGCAGGGGGCAUCAACAUUACAUACAAGGAGACAGAGUUGAUGUCACAAGUGAGCACUACGCUCGAGGUUGCUCUGGAUCGUUUCCGCGAUGGCGACAUACCUGUUACAUCCAACUCGUAUGCUGUGAUGGACAGGUUUGAGUGGAGUCUGACAGAUAGUGGACAUUUCAGCAACCUUCUGACACAUUGGACACCUGUGAACAAUCUUAGUAAUCAGGAUACUCAGGUUUUAUUCACGAUCAGCCUCUCCAGACCUCUGGACUUUAGUAAGUGUCGCCGCCUAGCCGUCAGAGGAUACAACAAAGUGGGUCACUCUACUGUAGUGUCUGCUGAUGUCAGAAACUGCUCUGCCUUUGAUCUACUCCUGGUGAAGCCUUCGCUCGUCAUUGAUGCCGUUGGUAUAAUGAUUGGAAAGGACAUUGGGAACAGCAUCACCUUAGAACAGAAUGCCCUGUGGCCUAUGCUGGAUGUUGAUUAUACUCCCUACAAAAACGUCCUGUCUGCUGUGUGGCCAAGUUUACGUCACAGGAAGUACAAGUGGGCGGUGGUAGCAGGUGACAAGUUGGACCCCACAUCUCACUACAAGCGGGAGAGUCUGAUGACUUUCACUGACCCAUGUGCAUUGGCCGAUGUUGUCAAAUGUGGAGAAACGGGAAAAGAAUUUGUCAACAUACACUUUGACCACAAGGAAGAACUUUCCCAUGGACAGAGGUUUCACAUCUGUAUUCAAGCCGAUGAGACGGAGGUGACAAAUGAGAAAUGGGCGACUGUCCUGAAAGAGGUGAAUGCUUGUAGUGACGGUAUCACUGUCGACCUCACUCCACCAUCUCCUGGCUCGGUCAGUAUCCAGGGGCUAAAGGAAAACAUAUAUCAGAUGAGCACAUCUGAAGUGAGUGUUAACUGGUCUGGCUUUACUGAUGUGGAGGAGGAAGGAACAAGUUCACAUGCGAGCGGCAUCGCCUUCUAUCAUGUUGCAUUAGGGUCAAUGCCAGGAGAGGAAGACAUCAGGGUGUUUGCAAAUGUUGGACACGCCAAUCACACCAUGCUAUCAGGUCUUCAACUACAAGACGGACACGUCAUCUAUGCUACUGUCAGAGCUACCGACUUUGUCGACAGCCACACAGCUAUAUCGUCAGCAGGUUUCGUCAUCGACUCUACUCCACCCUACCACACAGGCAUAAACAUACAACUUGACGAAAGAUACAUCACAGCGCCCAUCCUUUCAGUGUGCUGGGAGGGAGUGUUUAUGGACGAUGAGAGUGGUAUCAAACAAUUCGAUGUUUAUGUUGGAAGUAGACCAGGUCACCAGGACAUCUCGGAAUUGAGACGAGUAGAGAACCAUUGUGCAGAACUUGACAUUUCCCAAACUAUGAAAGAUGGUCACAGUUUGUUUGUUACAGUAAAGGCCUACAACAGAGUGAGUCUCACCACAUUCAUCACGUCACAUGCCCUGGAAGUGGAUACAACAGCCCCUAGUGUCGGCCAUGUGUUUGAUGGGAGAUCAUUAGCUGGUUCAGCAGGGGUGAAGGAUAGAGAUCAUAUUACCAGAACAGAGGACAUGGGAGCCCACUGGGACGGAUUUUCCGAUUUCCAUUCUGCAAUUUCACACUUUUGGGUCAAGGUUGGGACUUGCCCUGGUUGUGAGGACAGAGUGGCGGAAUAUGAUGCUGGUGCAAGAACAGAUGUAGUGUUCCAUCACAUUAUAUUUGCUGAGGGUGUCAGGUACUACGUGACAGUGACAGCGUGUAACAAGGCGGGACUGUGCAGCAGCGCCACAUCUGACGGUGUCAUCCUGGAUCAAAGUCCACCGGUCCCUGGCAGCGUCAUGGACGGCACACACGACCGAGACUCCCAGUACCAGGCAUCCAGAACGUUCCUGGGCUGCAAGUGGCAUGGGUUCCAGGACACAGAGUCAGGUCUGGACUUCUAUGAAUGGCAGGUGGGGACAACACCAGGAGGCAAUGAUAUUCUCUCAUCCCAACAUGCUGCCCUUGAAGAGGUGGCAUUCCAUACACUGAAUGAAAGCCAGCUGCUUCCAGUCGGAAAAAGGAUGUAUAUAACAGUUAGAGCGUUCAACAAAGCAGGAACGUUCACCACAUCAACAUCGAAUGGUUUCAUCAUUGACGACAGCGCGCCUGAGGUGGUAAAGGCUCCAUAUAUUGCGGGAGGGCAGGGAUCGCUGGUUGCCAUGACGCUGAUAAGUCGGUCUACUGUGAGUGUCAGCUGGGAGCUGAAGGACGAGGAGUCUUUCAUAGAGAGACAGUACAUCUCCAUCUCCACUCAUCAGUUGGGGGAGUUUGAUUCUUCCUUGAUGGAGAUUCCAGGACUGUUGAGAGAAUUUACCUUCACACAGCUGAAGCUUCAUGACGGAAGUCACUACAGGGUGAAGGUUGUAGCAUGCAACAUGGCUGGUCUCUGUACACAAACUCAGACAGGAGACAUUUUGGUUGACAGCUCUGAACCAACAAGAGGGGCACUUGCUGUGCAAACGGACCAUGCUGCCAAACUGUCAAGGAAUCAGUCUGGCUGGAUGACUUGGACAACAAACAGCCUGAGUCUUGCAUGGCUGGGUUUUGCCGAUCUACACUCUGGCAUAGAUCAUUAUAUAACUACAGUUGGCUCUAGACCGUUUGCUAACAACUUGGCACAGGACCAGCUGGUGAAGGUAUACCACAACAUCAGUGGCGUCGACCUGGAAGAUGAGGGAGUAGUGCAGACAUUCAACAUCAGCACCACUGACAUGUCAUCAACAUCCUCUGUUUUCAUCACCAUGAGGGCAGUAAAUGGGGUUGGACUACAGAGCCGCCCCCUCCAUUCCGAGCUGGUUUUGGGAGGGGGAGGGGAGCUGGAAUUGGUGAGACGGUGCAGCUCCUACAGCUGUCAGGGACACUGCGUCUGUGCCGUCCAGGACAAGACGUGUGGCACCAGUCAAGGAUGCAAAGUGUUUCCAAAUGGAAAUUCUUCACUGACUGUCAUUGACAUCAUUGACCUUAAAUCUGCGGUAUUGGGCGAUGACGUGGACUUCUCUCCCUAUGACUCAUUCCUUGCAGCAACAUGGACGGUAACCAACAUGCAAACUGCCUACCCUGUGAGGUAUGAGUUCAGUGCUGGGUAUUCAAGUCUGUCAUAUCCGGCUGGGAUUUAUGAGGAAAGUAAGGAACGAGUGUGGUUUGAUGCAGGACGUCUAAAGUCUACAGUCAUAGCACUACCGAAAGGGCAUGAGCUGACAUCAGGGGUCAGUUACAGUGUAUUUGUGCGAGCUUGGUAUGACGAGGAGACCUACAAAAUCUACAAAUCUGAUGGUAUCCUUAUUGAUAUUACAAGACCAAGAACAGCGUCACGACAAGGAGUAGCGGUGAAAGAACUCUUAGAAUCUGGAGACAGGAAAGACACCGACUAUCAGAGCCGUGUAGAUAGGAUAUACCUGAGCUGGAACAACGUGUUCAUGGACACACAGGCAGGACUCCUGAAAUACGGGGCAUAUACAAGUACUUCACCCGGCGGUUACAGCAUACAUGAGUCGUCAGGCAUGACUACAACUAACUGCACACUGCCUGGGUUGUCUCUAGAAUCAGACACAAUCUACUACUCCAACAUAUUAGCAUAUAACAAAGCAGGACUGGUUGCUUGGGCGUUCUCAGAUGGGGUACAGAUCGAUGUCACGUCACCAGUAGCGGGGAUAUUAGAAGAUGGCGACGGGCUCGGUGAUAUUGACUACCAACCCUCCCAGACACGUGUAACUGCCUCCUGGUUUGGGUUUGCUGACAAAGAUUCCACAAUCAGCAAAUAUGUCUGGUGUGUUGGUACAACCAAUGAUACAUCUGGAUGCAACAUCUUGGAUUGGCAGAAUGUGGGGCUACAUACCUCAGCCAAGACACGCCUGGAUUCACCACUUGAUAAUGGAAUUCAAAUAUGGACCAAAGUGUAUGCAGUAGACGUUGUUGGCCACACAUCUAAAGUGGUUGUAUCAGAUGGCGUCAUCAUUGAUUCAUCUCCACCUGUGGUUCAGAACAUUGCGUAUCUGGGAAACAAUUUGUUGUCCAAUCCUUCCUUUGAGGAAAGCAUAAGCCGAGAAUCAGCAUCCAGUGACUGUCAUCCUGAACCACCAUCAUGGGAGACUGGGAGGCACUCUUGCAUCAAGCUAAUGACAUCUGGUGCUCCCCAUGCAAAACAUGGGAAGACUCUAGUUUCUGUACGAGGCAGCAUACAACAGAGUGUCAGGGACCUUGAAGUUGGUGGCAAAUACAAAGUAACCAUCCAUGUCGGGUAUCCUUUGGACAUAACUAUCAAUCAGAAAGCAGUAGAAGGUUUCAUCUCGUUUGGAAAUGACCCCUUUACUUUCAGCCUCGAUCCUCACCUUUGUGUAGAUACGUGUCAUGAUACUGGAGGGCGGAUCAUCUUGUGGAGCCAGUAUAGCUUCACCUUCUUGGCACAGAACACCACAACAUUGUUGAAGAUCGGGACGUCCUCUAACAACAUGGAAAUGGCCCUGGAUCACGUGUUGUUGCAGAGAGUGGAUUAUGUGGGGAAUGCAGAUAAUAUGGUGACAGAAAAUAACACCCUGUUUCAAUCUGUCUUCCGGAAGCACUGGUCAUCAGUCCAUGCAUCAUGGCACUAUGAUGAUCGAGAAUCUCCAAUUGUAGAAUAUACAAUGGCCGCAGGUACUGUCCCCGGAGGAACUCAGGUGCUGAGGUAUAAGAGUGUUGGCAGACAUGCACAUGGAACUGUGUCUGGUCUGAGGCUGUCUCACAAACAGAAACUAUACCUGACCAUCACAGCCAGGAAUGCUGCUGGCCUCACCACUGUAUCCCACCCUGAACCCAUCACUGUCGACAUGACUCCACCAAUGUUUUUACACGUCAAUGAUGGAGAUGGAAUGGACAUUGACUACCAGGCUAUGGGCGAUGUAUACUUAAACUGGGCAGUCGAGGACCCAGAGUCGAGUAUUCUGCACUGUAGCUGGGCAAUAGGCACGACUCCAGGCAAAGGUGACAUCAAGAUGUUUGAAUUGGUUCCCCCAAGUCAAACAACAGCUACCUUUGACAUCUCAAGCGUUAAUAUUAGCCUUCCUCUGAAGAUAUUCUCAACAGUUCGCUGUAUCAACACGGUGGGUUUGAUGUCGUCAGUCGUCUCUGAUGGCGUAACUCUGACACGUGGUCAGCUGAAACCUGCAGCGGCAGUCCUCCUGGAGGACAAUGUCAGGUACUACCAUCAACGUGGUCAAUGCCUUAAAAACAACAGGGUGCGGAUGCAUUGGGCAAAGAAUAUUCUCCAGACAACUGUGAUUGAGGUUACUGACGAGUCUAGUACACAUCAGCACAGAGUAGAUUCCAGUUUUGAGUUUGCCACAUUGUGUGGGCUGCACUUCAAGAACCUGGCCCCCUACCUAGUUGCAGUUUCUCAAGACAGCAUCAUUGGGAUACAAGGGGAAACAACUCUUCUUAACCUUACCACCCACGGCAAUCCACCGACGAUAACAGGAUCUGCUGAGAUAGCUGUGUCUCUGAAAGGAAACCAAAUCUUUCUGAACUGGGACAGGCUGUUCGUCUCUCCUUGGGAGGAUCUCCAAUAUGAGCUUCACAUUGGAACAGUGGUUGGAGGAGCAGAUAUUUUGGGGGAGGUUCUCACAAGAAACUCCGAAAUUGCACUGACCUUGAUCUGGUCCCACUCGCAACCAGAAUCUCUAUUUGCAGCUGUGGCCGCAAUUGACCCAUGUGGUUAUAGUGCUCACUAUCAGCAGAAAAUAGUACUUUAAACCUGUCAUGGAUCUUUUUUAUCAUAUAUGUCAGGUUUUCACUGACGCUAUUAAACGUAUUUUGAAUGACGUCCCCGUCUCUCCCUCUCUCUCUCUCUCUCUCAGCAUAUUCUUCUAUUUUUCUAAAUGUUAAUUUCUUUAAACAUAAAUAAAGACAUGUUAUGCAUCGUUGCCUAAGACAUUUGUGUAUAUGCAUUUAUUGUAUAUUAAACGGUGUACAAGA